ACAGAGCUGGGAGAAAAAAAAUGAUUCUAUAUUUGAAAACAGACCCAUAAUGUGGAGCUGUAGGGUUCCCUAUAGAUCAGUCCUACAUAUCUUCUCUGCAGCCUGGUUGGUACAAUGCAGUUCCUGGCCUGGCUCAAUUUGCUGCUUCUCCUUCCUUGUUUUGGUAUGACCAAAACCUGCUUCCCUGGCUGCCACUGUGAAGUGGAAACCUUUGGUCUCUUUGACAGCUUUAGCUUGACCAAGGUGGACUGCAGUGGAAUAGGCUCACAUAUUGUUCCUGUCCCAAUACCUCUGGAUACCUCCUAUUUGGAUCUAUCAUCAAACAAACUGGAAACAAUAAAUGAAUCAAUGCUUAUGGGUCCUGGCUACACCACCCUGGUGAGUCUUGACCUGAGCUACAACAAAAUUGCCAAGAUUUCCUCCACAACCUUCUCCAGGCUUCGGUACUUGGAGUCCUUGGAUCUGAGUCAUAACUCUCUGGAAGUCCUUCCGGAAGACUGUUUCUCCAGUUCUCCUUUAAGCGACAUAGAUUUGAGCAAUAACAAGCUCUUGGGUAUAGCAAUGGAUAUUUUUGCAUCAAAAGGUCAAGGAAAAUCCCUGAAUGUGGAUCUAUCUAAUAAUAUGCUCAGCACAAUUACAAGGCACCGUGAAAAGAGCAUCCCCAACAUCCAGAAUUUAAAUCUUUCUGGAAACAGGCUAACUUUUGUGCCAAACCUCCAAGGCAUUCCUCUCCGAUAUUUAAAUCUUGAUGGGAACCCUGUAGUUAAGAUUGAGAAAGGAGACUUCACAGGGCUGAAAGAUUUGAUUCAUUUAUCCCUCAGUGGCCUGCGUGGCUUUCGAGAGUUAUCUCCUCAUAGCUUCAAGGAACUCUCAGCCCUUCAAGUUCUGGAUUUAUCCAACAAUCCCAGCUUGAGUUCACUGACUGCUGAAGUCAUCCUUGGUCUGAACUCCCUACAAGAGCUCAACCUCUCUGGGACAGGUGUGUCAUCCUUGCCAAAGACUGUGCUGAAAUAUCUGCCUUCCAUCAAAAGCAUCACCUUGGGGAAGAACGUACAGUGUCUUAAGACCAUCAGAGAAGGACAGUACCACCGACAAAUUGGGCUGACCAAAAAAGAAGUCCUCAGUUGCUAUGACAGCCAUGGGUCCGUAGUAGCAGCACCUUAUGUUUCAUGAUGAAAGCUGAGGAGAAGAAGGAGUGGGGCAGGGAGGGUGGGGGGCUAUGGGAUUUGUACAGGUGUCGGACUGAGAUAGCUUGCAGUGUGCCUUUUGUAAAACUGUUAAUAAUUUAUAUAUUUGUAUAUUCCAAUAGUUGAUUGUGGAUUUUAUAAACUCUCAUAUCUUGGCCCGCGUUAUCUGCAGGCUCCAAACUUUACCUGGUGCAUUGUGGUCCUGCACUCAUCACGUUGGACAAGAGCAGUGAUGCUGGACAACGGGGGCCAAGCUGCUCUGCAGGUCCCAGGGCAGAACAAUCAGUCUAGGGCAAACCUUCAUGCCUCAGACGUUUGUAGGAGCAAAGCUACAUCUUUCCAAAGCACACACCAAAAUGUACCAACUCUGUAGCUGCUUACUCACAAACCCAUGCAUCAUCCUUUUUUUAAUUAUUACUCCCCAAAAUGUGCCUUCAUUAGCAGCACCCUGUUCUUUAUCAUGCACUUUCAGUCUUGAAGAAACAUUUCCAGACAAAGCUAAAUACAGAGUGCUCCUAAUAUGUUGGGUUUUACAUAUUAUUUACAUAGGUGUGCAAUAAACACUAAGUCAAGAACUUUUCCCACAAAUUUCUUCCUGUUUUUCCAUCCUUAUCCUUUUCUUGUCUUAUUAAAUUAGGUCCAGCUUUGGCAACCUCCUAUCUUUCUAACCUCAGCAAGCCAUUGCUCAGAAAUUACGUGCAGCAGAGGAAGGGAAGCAGAGGGGCCUGCCAACAACCCUAUCUCAUCCAGGAACCAGCCUUUGAUGAAGGAGGUUGCAAAGGGAAAAGAUCAUGGAGCCUGACUUAG